AUGGCGAGGCUAAGCCAACACUUCUUCUAUGCUUUCUUUCUUCAUGCAGUCCUCAUAUCAACAAGAUGCAAAGCGACAUCCGAGCAUUCAAAGAAACAUGUUGUUGCCUUCUUCAUUUUUGGUGAUUCUUUUUUAGACGCCGGCAACAACAACUAUAUCAAUACCACAACUCUUGACAAAGCAAAUUUCUGGCCUUAUGGAGAAACCUACUUCAAGUUCCCCACCGGACGUUUCUCUGACGGUCGUUUGGUGCCGGAUUUUAUUGCUAAGUAUGCAAAUCUUCCAUUUAUCCCACCUUUUCUACAACCUGGCAUUGAUUCUCAUUAUGGCUAUGGAGUCAAUUUUGCAUCUGCCGGAGCCGGUGCUUUAGUUGAAACAUUUAAAGGGGAUGUGAUUGAUCUCAAAACCCAGUUGAGAUAUUACAAGAAGGUGGAGAAAGGUUUGAGACGCAAGUUAGGCAGUGAUGAAGCCAAGAUGACAAUAUCAAAAGCUGUAUACUUGUUUAGCAUUGGAAGCAAUGAUUACAUGAGCCCUUUCUUGACCAAUUCCACUGUUCUGAAGUCAUACACAAACUCCAAAUACGUUGAGAUGGUCAUAAGCAACUUGACAACAGUUAUUAAAGAAAUACAUAAGAUAGGGGGCAGAAAAUUUGCAUUUAUGAAUUUACCGCCACUGGGCUGUCUGCCCACCAUCAGAAUAACCAGACCAGAUAGUAAUGGUAGCUGCUUGAAAGAAAUUUCAUUGCUUGCAACAUUACACAACAAAGCUCUUUCCAAGCUCGUCUUUGAACUGGAGAAGCAAUUGAAGGGGUUCAAACAUUCACUCUUCGACCUCAACAACUUUCUUCAGCAAAGAAUCAAUCAUCCUUCCAAAUUUGGUUUCAAGGAAGGGAAAUCAGCAUGCUGUGGAACCGGGCCUUUUCGAGGAGUUUACAGCUGUGGGGGAAAGAGGGUAGUGAAGCAGUUCGAGUUAUGUGAAAAUCCUAAUGGAUAUGUGUUUUGGGACUCCAUCCAUCUCACUGAAAAGGCAUACAAACAAUUGGCAGAUCAAAUGUGGAGUGGAGAGGUUGGCCACCCUCACGUUAUUGGGCCUUACAAUCUAAUGAAUCUAUUCCAAGCAGAAGCUUAG